AUGAUGGAGAGCGUCGGCAUACCGAUUCCUGAGGGGUCUGUGGCAGGGGAUGAUGAUGAUGAUGAUGAUUCAGAUGGGUUUUUUGAGGAAGGAGAAGAGGAAGCGCAUAUGGAAGAAGAUGAGAUGGUGGAACCUGCUGAUGAGACAAAAGGAAUGAAAGAAACAAAGCUUGAUGAGCCGUUGAUGAUUGAGGCCGCAAAUGAUUCGGCAGUGCCCUUGAUGGAGGUGGCUGAGCGUCCUACCAAGACUCGCAGGGUGGCUGCUAAUGACAACGUAAAUCAUCAGGGCAUGCAGCAGCAGCAGCAGCAGCAGCAGCAGCAGCAGCAGCAGCCAGUGGUGGAUACAGCUACAGCAGAGGACAUCCCACGGCCAACAAAGAAGCAAAUGCAGGAGCUUGCAAAGGAGCACCAGCCAAGCAGCCAGGAGCCACAACACAAGGAUGAGACAAACCCGAAGGCCAAGCCACGCCAAAAGGCAAGCACUGAGGCUAAGCCGGAACCACUGGACAGCCAAAAGACAAGCACUGAGGCCAAUCCGGAUCCAGUAGACAGCCGAAAGACAAGCACAGAGGCCAAUCCGGAGCCAGUAGACAACCGAAAGACAAGCACAGAGGCCACGCCAGUAGACAGCCGAAAGACAAGCACAGAGGCUAAGCAGGAGACAGACAGCACAGAGGCUAAGCAGGAGUCCCCGCAGCUAGAGGUGAAGGGGCAGCAGAAGAAGCUGCCCAUCCCCAUGCACAAGAGGGUCGGUCUAGAAGGUCCUUCGGAGCUAUCUCCCACAUCAAGUCAAAGCUCACUUCCCGUGACCAAAGGUCUCGUCGAGCAGUCCAGAGUGCAUGUGGUCUCCCCCUUCGGUGACAACGAGUUCAAGCGCCAGGAUCGACUGAAGAAGCUUCGAGAGGAGCUAGCCCAAAGGAAGAGUGAAAGGCUUUAUGAGAAGCAGGCGAAGCCGGAGGUGAUUGCUGACUCUGGGCCCAGUGGUGUCAUGGUUGCAUUCAAUUGUGCCAUGACUGACAAUAUGGAGACGCAAGCUUGGCCUCAUGAUGCACAGCCCUCGUUUGAGAAUGGUGGUGUGGCAAGGCAACUUAGCUUCGAAGGUGUUGCCUCUGAGCCAAGCCCAAUAGCAGACCGAAAGGCUGAAGCUGAGGAUCCCGGGGCCACUAAGUGUGUUGAGCCUCCUGUCUCAGUCUCGGGCCCACGCCCGAAGCGUGGAUCCUGGAGAUGGCGGCGAGGGGCCUGCCGGAACAAGCCCAAAGCUCCCGAGGCCGCCGUCCUGAAGCCCCCUGAGCCAGCUGAAGAAGCUCCUAACUCCUUGCCUGACAAGCCAGACUGCAUGCUGAAGAUGCAGCCUACCUUGAGCCCUGAUGAGCAACAGCAGCCAAAGCCAAAGGGAAGGGCCAAGAAGAGUAAGGAUGAGGAUGAGAAAAUGGAUGAGGAGGAUGAGGAGGACGAGCAGGAACAGGCGGGGGAUGACGAACAUGAGGAAACUGAUGGAGAGGAGUUCGCAGAGGAAGAGGAAGAGGAAAAUGAUGAAAGGGAAGCAGAUGAUGAGCCUGUGAUGAAGCGCCCGGCAGCCAAGAGAAGCCAGCAGCAGGAGCAAGCAAAGCCCAAAGCAAAAGCCAAGGCAAAGGGAAAGGCAACGGCAAAAAGCAAGGCAAAAAGUGCUCCGAAAAGCAAAGCAAAAGCAAAGGCCAAGGCAAAGAACAAGGGAAAGGCUGGCUCAAAGGAUGAUGAGGAUAAUUCUUUGAAAUGCCGCAAGAGUAUGGCAUACCACCGAGCCAAGAAAGAGGCGCUCUCUGCGGGCAUGACAGCAGAGGAAGCCUCUGAGAUCGCCAAGACUGUCUUCUGGGCACAUGCCGAAGUCGGAGCGGUGGGCCUGCAGAGCUUUUGCAAGAGUCGCUACGAAGCGCCUGAUGGCGUCAAGAAGUUUGUGGGCUCUAAGAAGGAGCUACAGAAGAGUGGGGCCUACACCCGGAACUUUGGCAAAAAGCUCUUGAGCCUGUGGGAAGAGGAGAAGGCAGCUUCGACGCCUCGGCUGUGCUUGAGGCAGAAGCUGCACAUCAGUGAGCGAGCCACGGACAAAGAUUUAUUCUGUGGUGCGGAGCUGGGGGACCCGUGGGCCGAAGCAGAGAUGGUUCAGGUAUGGUCGUACUUGUACACUAACAAGUAUUUGCAUAUUCCUGACUCGUGGCAAAGCACAAUGGAUGCAUUCAAUGAUGAGCUCAGAGCGACCGUUCUUGCUGAAGACCCCCUUCGAGCUGAUCUGCUGGCUGCACACGAUGGUUCUGGUGGUGUCAAUGACGAAGCCCUCCAACUCUUGGUGGAUGGCGAGCGCUCUUCGCGGCAGCAAGAAGAUCACGACCUCGAUCAAGCAGAAUCUGCCAAAGGGACAACGGAUACUGCAACACUGAUGUGCAAGAUCGGGGGGGGCGUGCGACAACUGGACCUACUCUACAAGCUUUCAGCUGCUGGUCGUAGUUCUACGAACACGUGUCGAAACCUUCAUCGGCUUAUACAUCGUGAGAACAUGACAGUGCCCGUUAGCAUCAACUUUGUGAAUGUUCCAAUUCGACGGAGACGACCGGUUCUCAAGAAGGUGGACAUUGCCUACCCUGUGGUCUAUCCAAGCAGUUGGAUGAAGUUUCUGCUGCGAGAGCAUAGCUACCUGGUCUUAGGUGGAAUCGAUAUCAUGGAUACUGCAAGAUGGCAAGCUUUGCUUUCAGAGUUUUGGCUAUUGCACAAGGCAUAUGACACUUCACAUAUCAUGAGCAGGCACAGCUACUGCACUCGAUUCCUCUACACGGUCGUGCCAGCUGAACUAUACUGGAAAGAUGCCACUCUGGAAAAGCUCAAUGUGGACUCACCUCUGGGACCGACCACCUUCUACUUUUGUGUGGUGGGGGUGAAAGGGGACUGGGUCUACUUGAGGAAGGAAUGGUACAACCUCGCAAAGGAUGCACCAUGGCGCUCUGCUGGUGGGGGCCCGACUCCAUUCAAGAAAGGUCUGUCGCCGCUGCUUGCAGUGCCUGGGCUGGGAGCUCCGGAGCGUGCUUUGGUCGAUCCGGCCCAUACGUGGCACAUUGGGUCGCUGGGAUUGCAAGUACUGUAUGUAAUCCUUUAA